CUGGGUCAAAGCGCGCUCAUCACAUGGCGUCGAGGCUGUUGCAUCGCCCCGCCCUCCUCCGCGCGGCCCCGGCGGCGGCCGCGCGGCUCCGCUCUACGGCCGUUGAGUCCGCCCUCAGCUCGGUCGCCGACGGGCUCGGCCUUCCUAGCAAGUACGGGCACUACAUCAACGGGCAGUUUGUUGAGCCGGCGAACGGACAGUACUUCGACAACAUCUCUCCCAUCGACGGGCAGCCCUUCAUUCAGGCGGCGCGUGGGACAAAGGCUGACGUCGACGCCGCCGUGCUGGCGGCCAACACCGCUUACCGCACGACCUGGUCCAAGGUGUCGGUGACGGAACGCUCGAACAUGCUCCUGAAGAUUGCCGACCUGCUCGAGGAGAACCUCGAGCGACUCGCAACGAUCGAGUGUGUGGACAACGGCAAGGCGCUGCGCGAGACAAAGGCGGCCGACAUCCCGCUCUCAAUCGACCACUUCCGCUACUUUGCGGGAGUGAUCCGGGCGGAAGAGGGCGCUGCGUCGGAGAUCGACGCAAACACUCUGUCGCUCUCCAUCCAGGAGCCGCUCGGCGUCGUCGGCCAGAUCAUCCCCUGGAACUUUCCGAUCCUGAUGGCGGCCUGGAAGCUGGCGCCGGCGCUCGCGGCGGGCAACUGCGUUGUCCUCAAGCCGGCGGAGCAGACACCGACGAGCAUCAUGGCGGUGAUGGAGCUCCUCUCGACCGUGCUGCCGCCCGGCGUCGUCAACGUCGUCUCUGGCUUCGGCGGCGAGGCGGGCGAGGCGCUCGCGACCAACAAAGGGAUCGCAAAGCUCGGCUUCACCGGCUCAACGGCCACGGGGAAGAACAUCCUGCAUGCGGCGGCGGAGAGCCUGAUCCCGACGACGCUCGAGCUGGGCGGCAAGAGCCCGUCCCUCUUCUUCUCCUCCGUCCUCGACAAGGACGACGACUUCCUUGACAAGGCGGUGGAGGGGGCGGUGCUCUUUGCCCUCAACCAGGGAGAGGUGUGCACGUGCCAGUCUCGGCUGCUCGUGCAGGAAGACAUCUACGAGCGCUUCAUGGAGAAGGUCGUCGCGCGCACGGAGGCGAUCAAGACGGGGGACCCGCUCGACGAGGCGACGAUGAUGGGGGCGCAGGUCUCGAGCGCGCAGCACGAGAAGAUCGUCAACUACAUCAACCUCGGCACCUCGGAGGGCGCAAAGGUGCUCACCGGCGGCGCGGCCAACGACGUGGUCAACGGCGGCUACUACAUCAAGCCCACCAUCCUCUCCGGCACAAACGACAUGAAGAUCUUCCAGGAGGAGAUCUUCGGCCCCGUCACGAGCGUCACCACCUUCAGGGACGAGGAGGAGGCCGUCGCCAUCGCAAACGACACGGUGUACGGCCUCGGCGCCGGCGUGUGGACGCGCGACGCCCACCAGGCGUACACGGUGCCGCGCCAGAUCCAGGCGGGCCGCGUCUGGGUCAACUGCUACCACGCCUACCCGGCGCACGCGCCGUUCGGCGGCUACAAGCAGUCGGGCUCGGGUCGCGAGACACACAAGAUGAUGCUCAACCACUACCGCCAGACCAAAAACAUGCUCGUCUCGUACGACAAGUCCAAGCUCGGCUUCUUUUAGACAUCGCUUACUCGCGCCGGCCCCUGCUGCGGCCCGCCACGGCAAACGAUGAGACGGCCGGCGGAGUGUCCUUCUCACGUUGAACGCGAGAUGCGCCGCCGUUACCUCCUAGUGCACAGGACCACAAACAAAAUCUCUCUCAUGACCAUGAGCAUGACGAGAGCGAGCGCGCCGAGAUACGGAAAGCUGCUCGCCCAGGGAUGAUGUCUUGAUCCCGCACAUGCUAGGAAUACGUUUGGAGCUUUCCCCGGUUUCCCCGCCCCACAAAGCGUACGCGUACAUUGAGCACACUUGAGAGACGC